UAAUAAGAGAACUGUAUACUGUCACAAUGCAGGGGAGAGGAUAGAAGCAACUAUGGAAGUUUUCACUUCAAAUCUCGUUAACUUUUAAAGCGUUUCGCUGUCAGCAUAAUUACUUAAAAGUCAUUUGCACGUCCACGUUUUGAAUCGCUUCCCAACCAGGAUGCCAAUUUAGCAGAAAAGCUGGUUCAGAUCUUAAAGUGAGUUUUCCAACGAGAUCCGUAGAUACCUCCUUAUCAACAUCACAGAAAGGGAUCUAGGAAGCGUUGAUCAUUUUUUUAAAUCAGUCAUUUUAAUAUAACAAAGAUACUUUGGGGACUUUUUCCUCCUAAACAAAAUGGAUCACUUUGCAGCCGAGUGCCUUGUGUCAAUGUCCAGUCGUGCCAUUGUCCACGGUCAUAAAGGGAACAGAGAGAUCAAACCAGAGACUGCGUCUGCCCAGAGAUAUGGAGAAGAAACAAGGGACCCCCUGGCAAAAGAUAAUUCGUCUCUCUUCGUGGUGGCGAGGAUUUUAGCUGAUUUCAACCAGCAGACCCCUACUGGUCUUGCCGAUCAGGCAAACAUAAAGGAAGAGAACAAACAGCAAACCCCCUCAAGAGUGGAUGGAAACGCUGCCACACCUACCGCCAUCUACAACGACCCGGGUCACAAACAAAGAGGCAAACGCGCGAGAGGUCGAACCGAGCACGAAUCUCCCCUGAAAAAGCACAAAUGCCACUAUUCAGGUUGUGAAAAAGUUUAUGGCAAAUCGUCCCAUCUCAAAGCCCACUUAAGGACACAUACAGGAGAGCGUCCCUUCCCGUGCACCUGGCCCGACUGCAACAAGAAGUUUGCCCGCUCGGACGAGCUGGCCCGCCACUACCGCACCCACACCGGGGAGAAGAAGUUUGGCUGCCCUCUCUGCGACAAGCGCUUCAUGCGCAGCGACCACCUGACCAAGCACGCCCGCCGCCACUCCGACUUCCAGCCCGGCAUGCUGAAGCGGCCCCACGGCGGCGCGGGCACGCGCGCCGGCUCCCUCAGCGACUACAGCCGCUCCGACAUCUCCAGCCCCGCCCUCAGCCCCGCAAGCUCGCCUUAAGCCCCGCCCCCCCCGGCACAUUCCGGCGAAAGCCAGACGACACGCCCACGGAACCCGCAGUACUAAAGUCUUUUUUUGUCCCCUCGACAUUUGUGUUGCACAGUUUGUUGGCUUCCCUUUGCUAACUCUCCGCUUGCUGUACUGUACUGUACUGUAAUGUACUGUGCGUAACUGCCUAUUGUAGUGCAAUCUCUUGUGCAACUCAAAAAAAAGGAAAAAAAAAAGCAACACCUUUCCCAGAGGUGGCAAUAUUUACAUAGUAUAUGAUAUGUAUGUAUUGUUUUUUAGCUUCUGGCUACUGCCAGUUUAUCUGUCAUGUUUUUAUUUCCUUCAUUUAAACUCAGUUCCAAGAAACUGUUUGAUUUUCAAGAAACAACAAUGACAACAGCGACAACAGAUUGACGGAUAUUUAAUAUUCUUCACCUUUAUUUAACAUGGGGGGGUCUCAUCUACACCUCAGGAUUUAAUACAGUUCUUUUCUUAACUACUUAACUUGACUGCACAAUACAAGCAUCACUUUACUCUGAAAUUCAACACGCUUGAAUUUUGUGCCCUGCUCAGGGAUGGCCUCCUUAGCUUGAAAGAAUGAACAUGAUGAAGACAGAACACAUAUUUAAAACAGCCUUACAGUCAACAGGAUUUGCACUCUUUUUUUUGUUUUAUUUGAAAGAUUUGUUAGUUUUCACACUGGGGGAAACUAGCACCAGAUUAACAAUUAAACCUGAGGUUUUCAGGUUUCUUUGGUUAGUUUUUUUUCUCUUUGUAUCAUAAUGCACCUCAGACAAUAGUUGGGUGACUUCUGUGAAUGACCACCCAUUGGUUUAUUUUUGAGACUGAAAAUACAAUUCACUUUUCGUCUUUUCAAUAACUCACCUCAUACCUCCGCUUUUUUAACAGUCUAUCGAUGACCAUGACCACAGGGGCUUUGACAGGGUUUUUUUGUUCAGUUUUGUAUUGUUUUCCUCAAAGGCAGACAUCACUGCUGUCUUGGAGCAUAGGCAAGCACACAGCAAUGCAUAUUUUGUCCCAUCGCUAUCCUUUAACCUCUCAAAUGGAAGUAACAAAUGGAGUCGGCCCUUCUCCAUGCUUUAAAAUAGAAAUGGAGACGCAAGAGAGGUGGUUUCAAAGCAGCCAUUUCUUCAGCAGGAACUACAGGUAGGCUUGAAGUAUAGACACACUUGGGAAUGAUCCAACUGCUUCAAUGGUGGUUUAGAUUGUCAUCAAUUGAUAGAAAGUAGAGUCAAAAAUUACAUAGGGCUUAAUUCAGGUGUAGGUGUCGGUGAGAUACGAGGUAGACUGUGCUUCUGGAAUGUGGACAUUUUGAGUUAUGCCUGUGGGCAGGCUAGCUGAAUGAGGAGGCAAAAGGCACAGCCCACAAACACAAGUCUGUAAUGUUGUUCCUGGUAACAUUACAUGAACUCAUCAAAUUGUGAUGGGGGACAGAUUGUAAAGAGCUGUAUCAUUCAGCUCAAAUACUUUGAAGCCUUUUUGCCAACUUCAGAAAGGCCUCAUUACUUUCUGUUUGUAAGAUUUAUGGAGACAAAAUGAGUUCCGCUAAUGAUUAUGUGUAAUUAAUAUAGGAGCAUGCUAGUGGCCACUUUUUUAGACAAGCCCAAUCAAACCCAUCAUCUGGAGUGCACAGUAAGGCUUUCCUGCGAGAGUAGGGGGGUAGAAACUGCAGACACACUGCGUAAUUGGGGCAUUACUAAAAGUUUCAGAACGUAAUAGAAUGUGUUACCUCUACUUGCAAUUAGACAGUUGCUUUUAAAAUAUGUUUCAGAUUACGGAUAGGCUUCAUACCUUUGUAAAAAAUAAGAAAACUUUUCACUGAAAUGAAAUCGAACAUACCACUCUUUUGGCCAACCAGGGAAAGCGUUUUGAAUGUCCAAUUGUGCUCCCAGUGAAUCUGAAUUUCUUUAAAAAAAACUAAAAAAAGAAAGAAAAAAACCAAACAAAAAAACCCCAAAUGAUUGUGUAAAGGAUGUAUCAAACUAGCGCAUGGCCCAACAAAUACAUGCAUAAUAUGUAUUUUAGACAUUAUGUCAAUCAUUAUGUUACACACACAUCCACCUCCAUACAUCGUGCAUAAUUAUUAGCCUGGACAUGUCUUCUGAAGCUGUUCUCCUGCAAUAUGGCUUUCUCUUUCACUUGGGGCUGUUCCAUAAGAAAUGAUUUGCGGCAUAUCUCACAGCUUUCCUUUGAGUGCAUCCUACCCAAAGAAUGGAGAAUUAAAUGAAUUGUGGAGUUUUUGUGAAAAACAAAAUUCAGAAUGUUUAGUUGGCCAAAAGCAACACCUACCAGUUGGAAACCCCAUGGUUGACUGAUUUGCAAAUCUUUGGAACAACCCUGUGUGGCUUUGGGAUGUCACAUGGAAGGGUCAGAGGUUCCAGGAUUAGGAUGAAUGUGCGCUUACUGCGCUGCUUGGCUGUGCACCCCUGACCCCUCCUCAUGCACUCCCUCAAUUCUGGGAAAGAAGAGCUUCAGGCCAGGAGAGUGAAAUGCCAGCUGGUGAGAAAGAGGAGCCCCUUCAGAGAGGAAUGAGCAGGUGUAGAUCUGUGAAUGGCUGGCCUUGUCCCUCUAAACCCCCGCCAACCUCUUUUCCCUGUCACUGAAAAAGGCACAUAAUCAGUCCUGUGCAACCCCCUGCUUACAGAAAGAAAACACCCAUUAUAAAAACACGCUGAAUCCCUGCUGCAGUAUUCCAGGAAUUGAGUGCAUAUGAAGCUCUACAGUAAGAUUACCCCUGUUCUGCUAUACAGAUUCCAAACUGCAACAUGAUCCUUGAGAUGCGUGUGUGUUUUUCGCCCGGGCUGGGAGUGGGGUUGGGAGGGGAUAGAGGAACCUACAAUGGGGCUUUUUUCCCUCCGCUUUUGAGUCUAACUCUGAAAGCCUUUUGGCGUGAAUGGAUGACACUCCCUUAAAGGCUUGCCUGAUGCACGCUGUUGGCUGCACACACAAGCUUACCGACUUCCUCGAAACCUUGGCGGCUCUCUGCUCCUUGCUACGUGCUUUGCUUUUAUGGAACAAAGUGUAUAUGCGUGUUGGAAUACUCAUUCAUGUUUGAUAAAUUGUGGCACAGGGUAGCUUGCAUAAAAGAGGAAAUACUUGAAAGAUUGAAAGAGGGCAGUCCACUCUGGCUUAUUUUGUUUUGAUAGAUUUUUUUUCUUCAUUAUUGUUUUUGUACUACAUGUGCGGCCUCCACACUGGUCAGGGUCAUCACUUCCUAAUCCGGAAACAACACAUUUACCUCAGGGGCUGUCUUCGACAGCAUUUAUCUGGACUAUUGCACCACUUCUCAGAUUUUUUGUUUUUUUGUACAGUACUACUCUCAGACCCCUCUGCUCCUUCAGUACGCUGCCGGUCAGUGUGGACAGAAGCACUUCUGCAUUCAUUUUUCCCUCAAAAAAAGAGUCCAAACCCUUCCCCUCUCCCAUCCCCCUCUGCAGCCCCAGGCAACUGUGUUGACGAAGCAGCGCCUGGCAACCAAACAUAAAUCCACCUCAUGUGCAUUUAUAAAAACCACUUAUUUACUAAACUGUAUAAAGAUGAUGUAAAACAUCCACUUCAAUCUUGGUUCAGAUUGUCAAAGAUUUCAUACUCAGAUUUGCCAACAGUAAAUAAUUAGCAAGGGAUAGAUGCUUAGUGAAAAGUCCCCAAUAAUAUCUCUCAGAAUUAGUUUAUCUGGGUUAUACUGAUUUUUAUUGAGAAAUUCACGUUAUCUUUUAAUUCACAAUACCAAAUCUACCUGAAUCAUUAAAUACAAGAAAGACCAUUAACAGCUGUCAUAUAUGUCCUGUUCAGCAGUAUUUAUUCAUUUAUUCUGUGCUUUGAAAACAAAUGAACAUAGACAUGAACUUUUUGAAUUUGGUAAAUAUUUUUUUCCUUUUCAUUUGUAUAUUCCUGCAUUGGAUUGAUACUUUUGCUAUUUUCAGGUAAUUAUUAUUAUUAUUAUUAUUAUUAUUAUUAUUAUUAUUAUUAUUAUUAAUAAUAUUAUGGUAUUUUAUUUGUUAUCACUGUAUUUUCAUAAACUGUUGGAACAAUGUAGUGUCACAUUGGUGGCUUCAUUUUACUGUUUUCGAGCUAUGAACACUAUGUUGAAUAUUGAGAAAUGGACACCAAAUUUACAAACACCAAAAUGCAUGCUGUUGAUUCUGGAAGUUAAAAGUACAUUUCCAUUUCCCUUAAUACUUGUUGAUAUGGGAUAUGGUGAUAAGAAGCAACACAUGGUGAAAUUAUAAAGGGAAAUAGCAUUUUCAUAGACCUGUACAGUGUACCUUAUCCGUCUGCUGAAUGUUGCAUAGCCGUAAAGGCUGAUAUAAUACAAUUUAUUGUUUAUUUCCCUUUCAUUUGGUUUAUUAUUUUUCACUCCAAGAUUUCAGCGCUUUGUUCUAUACCCACAGAUGAAGAGAUCUGUGGGAUACUUGUAGAGGAAGGGAUCUGGGUGGGGGUGGGGGUCAUCAGAACGCAUAUGUUCAUUUUUGUUGAAUUUAGCCAAAAUGUCUGAAUGUCACUGGUCAUAGCUAAUAGCUAAAACAGUUUCUGGUGGUUAUCGUAUCUGGGUUCUCUUAAAAGGCACAAUGAAAGAACAUUCUGAGAUUAACUACAUUAUCUUCACAAAGAAAAGGAUUCCUUGUAAAAUCUUGAUUUUGCAUCCCCCCCCCCCAAAAAUUUUUUUUUUUAAAUAAAAAUUUAAAAAACCUUCUUUUUUAUCACCUGCUUAACACCCUUUUGUAUCAUUAUAACCAGGUUGUCCAGAUCUUAUAAAUGACACUUUAGCAAGGGAAUGAUUUGGGAUUUAAUUAAAAGGAAAAGUGGACUUGAUCACAAAGUGAAUGAGUUGGAUGAUUUGAAUUUGUGUGCCAAAGGCUUAAGUGAUCAUUCAGUUAUUAUUGACUUUAUUAAACAACACCAAAUUCCCUAACUAUAUUAAGACCCAACAUACUUGUACAGUUUUGUAUGUGAUGUCAUUUUAGUUUGUAUGUUUAUGUAUAGAAUGAAGAUGUCUGUGUAUUAAAUACGCAAGUAUUUUUAUGCUUAAAAUCUGCUGUGAGCUAGAUACUUAUUUACUUUUCAUUUAUUUUAACCUGCAUAAUGAAAGGAGACUUGUUUCCUAUCCAAUUUUUUUCUUAAGCUGUGUUUUUCUUUUUAUAACCUUAUGUCUGUUUGUCAUUUUAAAAUUCUUCAUUGUCAAAUGUAGCAAAUCUCAGAUGUGCUCACACAUAGUACAAAGUGAAUACAUACCCAUUCCGAAGGACUGCAGUUUAACUUGCUAUCUUUGCGCUGCUUUGCCUCAAACCAUGUUUUCAGACCCUAAUUUUAUGUUCAUGUCUUUUUUUUUUUUUUUUUUUUUUUUUACAUGUCCCUGUCUUACUUACUUACUUACUGUGAUACAUUUAUAAGACUGUUUGAGUAGUAGAUUGGGUACUUCUUUACUUCUACGUAGUUCGCUUUUUUGGUUGUAUUGCUUUAUUUUAAAAAAGUUUUGUGUGUUUAUUUCUUUCAGAGUUCCUCUUCCUAUUUAGUAGGCUGGUCCUUUGAUUUUUUUUUAUUUUUAAAUUGAUGUCAUGUCCAGACAAGUCCCACCCCUGCUCUGCCAUAAAAGGGAAUUAGGAAAAAUACUUCCUGCUUUGUCAUGCUGAUGUUUCAAUUUUGAACACUUUAUCCGUUCCUGCUUUGUGGCUUACUGCAGUAGUUGCUUAAUGUAAAGUGACGUGUACUAAAAUGGCAGAUGUGUUCACUGUAGAAAAAACAAAAACAUGAUUCAGCCUGUGAAGUGCGUUUUCGGAGGUAUGCAGUUUUAAGACAUGAUGUGACUAAAGUCCAUGGUAGCAACUUGCAUUAAUACUUGGGUCAAACUAUGAGGUAGACCACAUUGGCUUAAUUAAAGGGGGUGGAGCCAGCUUACAGUGAUUCUACCUAGUGUUUUAUUUUUUCUAAGACUGGGUCCAGGAAUGGUUCUCAGAUGUUUCAGGAGUGGAUCGAGAAAGGCUUCAGAAAUGUUAAUUUGCAAUUCGAUAAAUGACUGUCCCCAAAUUAUAAAGAUUUGCACAGUGGAUAAUUCCUUCCGUAUUUCCUUUCACGGGCAUGUCUGUUGCUCUUGCAGUGAUAGAACUCCUGUGGACUAAGGAUUCUGGUCCACAGUGCUCCAUACUACCCCCUAAAGCCUCAGACCCUGACCCACAGCUUAUUUCAAAAGAGUUGAAUGGUAAUUCAGUAUUACCACAGAUAUUCAAUUUACCUAAGAGAUAAUCAGCUCCAAAGUAUGCUUUGCUUUGGAAGUUUUGUUGUUGUCAGUGUUGGGUGUUCUGGUUUGCUGUCUCAUCUGAAUAUUCAUAAAAGGGCAUUCAUAAUAGCAUGGUAACUUCCAGUUGUAAAAACUAAAAUCUCAUUGGAGAAGAUGGAGGACAGAUUGCAGUGCAGCAUCAGAAAAUAGAAUAUCUGUGAUAUUGCUUGAAAAUGCUGGUAGUUGUGGCUAAUUCCUUUGUGCUGAUAUACUUUUCUCCAUGGUGGAAAGGUAUAAGCAAACCUGUGAUUUUGUGUGCAGAUGAAUUGUCACAUUUUAAUUCGCUGUUAUAUUCUGUUUGAUUUCCUCGUGGCCUCAGGGCCACAUUAUCUAACACUUAAAUUGGAAAAGCAUUUGCUCAAGCUGUUUUUGUACAGAUUCUUGAAUUGGUUAUGCCCAAUAAUUGCUUUUGGUAAUGAUUAUUCUUUGAAUUUGUAGCCGUAAGUCAAAUUAUGGCAUGUUAACCCUAAACUAACAGAUUUAUUUAAAAAAUGAAUAUCUACACUCUCACCAUUUAUUUAAAAAAUACUAUUUGGGAGAGCUGUGGUGUUCUAUUUGUAAGUUUGGCUGUCUCAAUGACAGCAUGAUCGCACAUGCACGCACAGUUGUGCAAAUAGUCACAGGAGCCAAUGAAAAUAGCUGGCCUGCAGUUUGUCUCAGCAGAAAUGAAAGACUUUGAUUUCAGACAUUUAUGCUGAAUUCCUAAAUAUGGUUGAGCCUCUGCAGGCCGAAAAAGCUCCAACACAGACUGGGAGUUUGGAAAAUUCACAGGCUUGUAUAGGCUCCGCAUUCAUCUAUCAAAAACGCGACAUCCAAAUCAGUCGGUUCGCUUUCGCUCUGCAGAUUCGAGAGUGCAUGUCCUUUACAUACUGUUUGAGGGAUACCUUCUGUUUUCGUGUAUAGAUUAAUGGUGCAGGAGAAUUUAUAUCGGCUGCAGAGCUUCCUCCAUUGUCAGUGCUUUAGAUUUCCUCCCUGUGAGCGAGACUUUACCUUUUUAAUGCAGUCUUUGUUCACCACCGUGUGUUGCCUGCUUCAGUGAUGCAAAAUGGUGCUACUCUCUUCUUCUUUACUGGCACCUGUGUUACCUGCUUCGUAGAUCAACUUUUACUAAACAUUGGCCAGUUCCUUUAUUCAUGACCACAUCAAAAGCUGCCGUGUAUAAUAUUUUUGUCUCAAUCAACCAAAAUCACUACAUAUGAUUGAAGUAUUACAGUUGUACAGUUCCAUAAAUUGUACAGAUAUUAAUGUGCUGGUCUAUUGUUGCUCUGCUGUAUCUUUUUAUGACAUAAUUUUUUACCUGUUAUUAGACAUAUUGUGACCAUGUCCUAUGCAAAUACAGAAAUUAACAGAAUUGUAAAAUAUUGUAUGUUGUCUUAACCUGUAUGCAUGAAUUAGUGAAGUUUACAUUUGGGAAAUAAAUUCAUAAAUAAGCAGCCA